CCCCCCUUCCCUCUGCACAUUCGCUCCGAGCAUUAUGACGUCACGGCGUUCUUUAAAAAGCAGCAGAGAAAACACUCGGCAUUGAGAAAAAUAAAUGCCCUCCGAUCUUGAUUAAAAGCGGUAGCGGCGACCCGCAGGUAGAGCGAGCUGUAUAAAGCAAACGCGAAGAACUGCCCAUAGAAGCCUCCUCGGCAAACAUGGUGUCCCCGGUGACCGUGGUGAAGAGUGAAGGUCCUAAACUCGUGCCCUUUUUCAAAGCCACCUGUGUCUACUUUGUCCUCUGGUUGCCAACCUCCAGCCCUUCCUGGUUCAGUGCCCUGAUCAAGUGUUUGCCAAUCUUCUGCUUAUGGGUCUUCUUGCUGGCCCAUGGGAUCAAUUUCCUGACAGCCCAUCACAAUGCCUGUAGGAUCUUCGCUGGUUUGAUAUUCUCUGCCUUGGGAGAUGCUUUCCUCAUCUGGCAAGAGCAGGGUUACUUUAUUCACGGCUUGUUGAUGUUCGGUAUUACACACAUACUGUAUUCCUCAGCAUUUGGGAUUAAACCUUGGGAUCUGAAAGUUGGCCUUGGGAUUGGCUUGGUGUCCAGCUUCUGCUACACCUUCCUGUAUUUCUACCUUUCAGGCCCAUUUACCUAUUUGGUAGCUGUCUACGUUGCCUUAAUUGGCUUCAUGGGCUGGCGGGCUAUGGCUGGUGUGCAGCUCUGCAACGACCUUUGGACUUGGACCAAGCUUUCUGCUUGCAUCGGUUCUGUGCUUUUCAUGGUAUCUGACCUGACUAUUGCGGUCAACAAAUUCUGCUUUCCUGUCCCCUACUCAAGGGUCAUUAUCAUGGUCACUUACUAUGCGGCUCAAAUGCUCAUUGCACUUUCUGCUGUGGAGAGCAAGGAUGAAGAAGUUUUCAGAAAGAGAAAAUAAGAGACUGAUGUCUGCACAUCCACCAGUUCUGUUGGGGAUGCUACAGCUGCACGCAUCCUGGAGGAUGUUCCAGAAUCUGUGACUGCAAAUCUUGCUUCUUUGAAGCUUUUCUUUAUAGUAUUUGGACGGUCUUGUCUAGUCCUGUUGAUUGGAGUAUGGAACUCACAGUGGAGGUUUAGAUGGUUUUAGAGAAUUUACUUCCUGACCCUUGGAAACCUCUCUCUUAACACAUUAGUAUAUUUGUAUAACACAGAAACUGGUGCUGAACAUUCCAGUGGGACAAAGCUCAUUUCAGAACAAAAUUACUAUUAAAUAGGGUAGGCAAUACACUGGAAUUUAGGAGCUUUGCCUUCGACACGGAAUGUGCAAAAAUCACACAAAAAAGAGUCUCCAUACUGCCUAAGUCCCUGUAUUGCAUACACUGCAUUAGAACUGUGAGCCAUUGUGAGUCUACACAAGAAAUCUUUGGGACCUGAAAAAUAAUCACAGGAUGUAGGAGCUCUCAUGUCAAUCACUAUGGGUAAUGAAAUUUAUGCUGUCCUUGGGAGAAAUCAGUUUAAAUUCCAGAUUCAUGAAAUCAUGUAUUUAUAGGCCAUGCAUAGCCUUUUUUUUUUUUUUUUGGUGAAUGUGAAUCCUGCAGAGCAUCUGUUUUUCUGCAGAUUUUAAAAGCAACAACAAAAUGCAAUGAACUUUCUCAGGCUGGUAGAGGUUGGAGGCAGGGAAAAAUGUCGGUGGGAAAAAAGGGUUUUAACAAUAAAACAAGUCAUGCUUUUCAGUGCAUCAGCUCUUCCAAGGGAAAGCGUCCAAUGUUAUUAGUACUGAAACACUACGAAGGACACUUGGGCAUUUUUAAGACACCAGCUGCUUUGUAGACAUAAUUGAUUGGCCAAGAAAAUCACCUCGUUGUACAAGAUUCUCAGCCUGUUUUCCUCUCUACAAUCAGUGCCAGUAUGUCUUGGAAGAGAAUGCAUACGCUGAUACGCAAGAAUCUGAGCAUGAUGUUGUGAAGAAUGACUGUGAAAUGGAUUUCUAAGGUACAUUUGCAAUUCAUCCUUCACCUGUGGAUUAUUUAAAGUGAGGCCAGUGGCUUCCAGGCAGUUGCUCUUCUUUUUUCUGUAGAUGUGCACAUCAAUAUUUCCCCAUCCCGUCCAGCAAGCUGUAGACUUUGCAGGUGCCUUCGUGUCUCACUACAGCUGCAGCAUGGAUCAUGCUGACAGGCACAGCCCGUCACCCAAGUGCUGAGAAACUUAUCGCUUCACCAUGCUCCAGAGCCAUUCAUUUGCUCAUUUUCUUCUGGCAACAAUGAACUACCAUCGAUCAACUUGGAUGGGAAGUCCAGUUGCAUGGUGGCACAUUUCCUGGUUUUGUGGCAUCCAGCCUAUACAAAAUGGGUUCUGUUGACUCACACUGCAACCAUCAGUGUGAAAUCCCUUGGGUCCACCCGCUUCUGGUUUUGCUCAGUGGCAUUUUGGGGGGACAUGAUUCCCCCUAUAUAUUUUUCUUGUUACAUUUUUUUUCUUCUUCACCAUCUGUUAUAUAUGAUCACGUCAGUGUUUAUUUCUUAACAUUUUGGUCGCUUGAUGCCAUUCAGAUUUGCUAGAACGUCUGCAACACUCAGAAUUCUUUGUCAGCAUUAACAGCUGUAGGAUCAGAGGAGUUGUAACACUCCCUGGAAGACACUAGGUUGGGGAAGAUUGAUGUAGAAAGUAGAGCAGGGGCCCCCAACCCUUGGGCCGCGGCUCCAUACCGGGUUGCGGCCCAUUCAGAACCGGGCUGCGCAAGCGGUGGGCGAGCCUGCCCACGGGCAAAGCUCCACUUGUGCGUGAGGCAGGCGCAUUCGCUUGUGCGCAAAGCUCCAUUUCUGUGGAACCAACCUCUCUCUCCCCCUCCUCUGGCCACCGCCACCAGUCCACAAAGCUGGAAAGAUGAGGGACCACUGAUGUAGAGCAUCUCGUUAGAUUUCCCCCAUCGUAUUAUUUCAGGAGGAUUCUCUUUCUGCUUGCAAAAGUAAUUGUGUAGAAAUGUAGUCAUGGGAGUUAUGUUUUGUAUAAUUUCUGUGCAAAAUGUUCCUAGUAAAUAUUGUUGGGAAUUUUAAACGAUCGAUAUCUGAAGGCUGGUUCUCAUUCAACAAUCACUUGUUCAGCAGAA